CCCCAUCACAGUUUAAGUGUACUUCCAUCCAUUGAGAUCGGUGAUUGUGUUCAACAUGUUCCAUCUUCUAUUGCUCGCGCUUUGCAGCCAAUACGCUCAGGCUGGCGUUAUCACGGCACCGACCCCUGGCAUCACGCCGCCGCCGGUGCUGAGGAGAGAUGUGACAACAGCGGGAUACAGGUCGACGGGCAUGUCCGGUGGAACGACGCUUUGGGGUACCGUGACCAUCAAUCUAGAGGACCAGAUUAUCGCCACAUCCGGGAGCUUGUACCGUCUUUGCAUACCUGGCGACACCUGCGAUUUCUUCACGUGCAGCGGAGAUUACGUCGUGUAUCCGAGCAGCUCGUCAUACUGCGGUACUUCGAGCGGUUUGACAUGUAGCUGGGAUGUCUCCUUCACCGAUAUGUCAGAUACAUCGCCUAUGACAAACAUGUGGUGCGACGAUUCGACGCUGGACGGAUGGGACAUUUUCGCAACAACCCCGUCAGACGACCCGACUACGACCCCCGACCCCAUCACCACCGACCCAACAACCUCGACGUCUUCGUCUUCCUCCUCAUCCUCCAUCAGCCCAGUACCCACGCCUACCCCCGGUCCCGACGACAAGAAAUCCACACCCAUUGGCGCCAUUGUGGGCGGCGUAGUCGGCGGUCUCGCCGUAAUCGGCAUAAUAAUCGUGCUCGUUGUGAUCCUCCUGCGCAAGAACCGGAAGGCAGCAGCUUCUGCCCCGGUAGCUUCGAUGCAGUCACCAAUGCCACAACACCCGCCGCCAAUGGUUCAGCAGUACCAUCCGCACCAGGGGCAUGUGUCGUACUAUGAUCCGAAUGCGGGUGCCGGGGGUCCGCUGCCCGAGAAGACGCCUGCGAUGACGACGAAUGCGUAUCCGUAUUAUACGAAUGGCGAACAAGUGCAGCAGGGGCCUGCGAGUCCGGUCCCGCAGUAUACGCCGAACAACGGGGCGGUGAACGAGCUGCCAGCUACGAGGAUGUAGAACAGCGGGCGUGCAAGGCUCGCUGCGUACAGAUUGGUUUUGAGGUGCCCUUCCAGCGCUACCUCAUUUUCCCCUCCUUGGACGAGAAGAUUAUCGUGUCCUAAAAUGGCGGUUUUCCAUUUUCGAGCUUUCCAGUCGCGGUGGAGUAGGCACUGCUGGCAUUGUUUUAAUAGAUGAGCAGCCUCUAGCUUCUUGUAUAUACUUCUGAAAUGAUGACGGCUUUCACCAC